AUGACGGAGAAAUGUGGAUUACACAAGACUAGAGAGUUAAAAGAUGAAAAAUACAAGACAACAGAUGACAUUGACGAAGAGAAAAUUAAAAAUGAUGAACAAUGUACAAAUAAUUCAAAGGGAAAUUUACUCUUAGUGAAGAAAUGGACACAAAUUGAUAAUGAAACUACGCUUAAGCCCCCGUAUAUAUGGAUACCUUCAAGAGCACCAAAUGAUUCAGAAAGUGAACCAAUGAAACGAAGAAAACCGAAACAAAAAGGGAAGGGUGAUUUAUUGUUCAUGUUGGCCUCUAUGCCGGAAAAAUGUCAGUCAUUUGUUCAGCAGACACAGCUUAUCAAAAGAAAUGCUGAUGAAAGUGAAAAAAGUGAACAAGAAACACGAAGUGGAGAGGAUAAAGCCAUGCCUGAGACAGCUUGUGUGCCCCGGUGGAUGAUAUCAUGUCAUAUAAGCAAUCAAGCUUUAAAAUCCAGAUUAUUACCUCUAGCUGGAGCUCAAAUACGGCGAAGAAUUCGUCAAGGCAGUUUGGUGUUAUGUCCCAAUAUCACCAGUUUAGCAUCUGACAGACUGUCACCCAGACGACCAACAAACAAUGAAGUUUUGUUAACCAGUCUGCCAGAUAUUUCCACAGCAAAUGAUGGAUGCUGUCAACAAAAUUCAAUAGCUCAAGAAUUCACUUUUCCAAAACAGAAAAUGAUUUAUCUGAAUGACACGCUGAAAUCGAAAAAUGUCAAUCUGGAACAACAUCAGCAUACUACACCACAUUUUAUAGACGAAUUAUUUAAAACACAAUAUUCUGAAGGAAAUAAACGAAGAGAUACAGGAAUUCCUUUGCUUGAGCAAGAAGAAUCAAAAGCUAAAACUCAUAGACUAAAUGAUCUAAUGUUAUUUGAAAAAUCGAAACAAACCGAGGUUAAACAAACUGCUUAUCAUAUAAACUCAGUUGACAGCAUACAGGAUUUAUGCAUGAAUCGAUGUUAUACAUCACCAAUUAAUUGGCCACCUUUGUCUCAUAAUAAUUUGGGACUGAAAGAAACAGGCUGUAAUGUAAGUGAAGUGAUCCUACCUUUAUUUAAUGAGACGAAAAAUUACAGAGAUGACGUGGGUGGUUCAAAGCAUUUAGUGGAAAAUGACGACUUACGGCGUCAAUCAGAUUCUGCAGUCGAGGAAUCGUCAAAUUCAGUCGCCAUAUGGAAAACAAUGCCAGGUCGGCUGCUUCGUCGAGCAAAAACUCAGCAUUUACAAAGCAAUUCUGAAAAGUCUAGGAAUGAUAAAGCCUUAACAAACAUCUCGAGGCAAAAAGAUGACACAUCGACAUUAGAUUUUUUAAUCGAAAAUGUCAACAAUAUAAACAAUGAGGCAAAGUCAUUCCCCUCAGAUAAGUCUUCACAACUGAAUGAAAACAAUUCAGACUCAGUUCAAGCAGAACAUAAUGACAGUAGUAACUGUAAUUUUAAUAGUUCUUACUGGUCGAGCAGGCGACAUCCUGGUUAUAUUGAACGCAUGCACACAAUAUGUUCUGUUUCAAAUAGUAAAAGCCGAAUAAACGACAAUAAACACAAUAAUAUCAGUACCAGUAAUAGGAAUCCCCUUUCUGUUGACAAUUAUAAUAAUUUCAAUUCACCUAAUACCAUCUCAUUAGAACCAAGGACAAAAUCAUUCCUACCACAGUUACGUCAAUCGCAAUCAACGGGGAAAUAUGGCAAUAGGCAGAUGUUGAAACACCAUUUACAAGAAAAUAAUCAAAUAAGCAGUUUCACCUCUCUUCCAGUGCUAAUCAAACCACCCCCACCCAGUCCAGACAUAAAAUUCUCAGAGUUUUCGUGA